UACAUUCUCUCCUGACAGGGCCACAGAGAACAUCUCCAUCAUGAGCUUCAAUGGAAAGUUUGAACUCCAGUCCCAGGAAAAUUUUGAGCCUUUCAUGAAAGCCCUUGGUCUUUCUGAUGAAUUGAUCCAAAAGGGCAAGGACAUCAAGAGCAUCUCAGAAAUUGUACAGAAUGGCAAAAAGUUCAAGGUCACCGUGACAACCGGCAGCAAAGUGCUGACCAAUGAGUUCACUAUUGGAGAGGAGGCCGAGCUGGAGAGCCCAACUGGAGAGAAAGUCAAGGCUGUUGUUCAAAUGGAAGGUGACAAUAAACUGGUCACGAACUUGAGCAAAAUCAAAUCCAUCACUGAAAUAAAGGGAGACAUAGUCACCAAUAUAAUGACCCUGGGAGACAUCAGCUACACGCGAAUCAGCAAGAGAAUCUAGCUAUCCUGUGCAUUUCCUAUACUAUGUAAAGUGUGCCCAAUAAAGUACAGUUUGUAUUAAAGCA